GCUAUUCGACUUCCGUUUUUCGAAGACCCUUCAUUCGAGUCCCGUCAGCUCAACUCUCAAUCAGUGGGGUCGUCUCUACGGUGCUGUUUUUCAGGUUGUCCUACCUCGAUCUCUUCAUUUUUAGCUUCAAUUGAUGGUUUUAUUUACGAUUUCGUUUCGAUUUUUGGAGUUUGUUUGAGGAUUGUGAAAGGCAUCCCAAUCUUGAAGAGAAUAUCUCAAUAUGCAGGCUGUGCGGGCUGCUGUGCUGAAGCGCAUGCGAGUGGGAGUGAGUGCACCAUGGAUGCAAGCUCCCAUCUUCACUAAUGGCCCCCGUCUAUUUUCCACCGAGGCUCAUGGAACAUACUUGGACAAGCACGUCGUCACCGACCGCGUCUUGAGCGUUGUCAAGAAAAUGAACAAAGUUGACAGCGCCAAGGUGACUCCAAAUGCGCACUUCCAAAACGACAUGGGACUCGACAGUUUGGACACGGUGGAGGUCGUCAUGGGCUUCGAGGAAGAGUUUGCCAUUGAGAUUCCUGACGCUGACGCCGACAAGAUUUUUUCCUGUGCUGACGCCAUUGAGUACAUUGCCUCUCAACCCCGAGCGAAGUAGAUUGAUAGCUCUAGUUUCGUCCAUGUAGCUCCUGUAUGGCAGUGCAAUUCCUGGGUAUCCUCCCAUCGAGUGGGCCAAUUUUAUUAUCUCCCAUUUAAAAAAAAAUUACAUGCUCAAUUUUUUCUCUCAA